AAAUAAUAAUGGCUUAUUUUCAAAGACUAAUUAGUUGUAUUUUUGUGCUUUUCCUUUUGUCCUUAGCUUUUGCAUGUGAAGCUAGGGUUUUACUUGAUGAAAAUAAUGCAAAUGAUCAAGGGUUUGUUAGAGUCAAUGGUGCACAUUUUGAACUCAAUGGAUCACCUUUUCUAUUCAAUGGUUUCAACUCUUACUGGCUAAUGCAUGUUGCUGCUGAGCCUAGUGAGAGGUACAAGGUCUCCGAGGUCCUUCGCGAAGCAUCUUCUGCAGGGCUUUCUGUAUGCCGUACUUGGGCUUUUAGUGAUGGAGGUGAUAGGGCAUUACAAAUUUCACCUGGUGUUUAUGAUGAACGUGUUUUUCAGGGUUUGGAUUUUGUUAUAUCGGAGGCUAAGAAGUAUGGAAUUCGAUUAAUCUUGAGCUUUGUAAACAACUACAACGAUUUUGGAGGGAAAGCUCAAUAUGUUCAAUGGGCGCGAAAUGCAGGAGCUCAGAUAAAUGGAGACGAUGAUUUCUACACUAAUUAUAUUACCAAAAAUUAUUACAAGAAUCACAUUAAGAAAGUUGUUACAAGGUUCAAUACCAUUACUGGAAUGACAUAUAAAGAUGAUUCAACUAUCAUGGCAUGGGAACUCAUGAAUGAGCCUAGGAACCAAGCUGAUUAUUCAGGAAAUACUCUUAACGCAUGGGUUCAAGAAAUGGCAAGUUUUGUGAAAUCACUUGAUAACAAACAUUUGCUGGAAAUAGGAAUGGAAGGAUUUUAUGGUGAUUCAGUGCCAGAAAGGAAGUCAAUUAAUCCUGGCUAUCAAGUUGGAACAGAUUUUAUUAGUAACCAUUUGAUCAAAGAGAUUGAUUUUGCCACUAUUCAUGCAUACACUGACCAAUGGUUAUCUGGUCAAAGUGAUGAUGCUCAAAUGAUCUUCAUGCAAAAAUGGAUGACAAGUCAUUGGCAAGACGCAAAAAACAUACUUAAAAAACCACUGGUUCUAGCUGAAUUUGGCAAAUCAAGUAGAGAUCCAGGAUAUAAUCAAAAUAUACGCGAUACAUUUAUGAGCACGAUAUAUAGAAAUAUUUAUAGUUUAGCAAAAGAUGGAGGAACGAUGGGAGGAAGUUUAAUAUGGCAGCUCGUUGCACAAGGCAUGGAAAAUUAUGAAGAUGGUUAUUGUAUUGAAUUGGGAAAAAAUCCAUCCACUGCUGGAAUUAUUACAAGUCAGUCUCAUGCCAUGACAGCUUUGGCUCAUUUGGUUAAGAUUUAGGACUAAUUUUAUAAGUAAUACAUUAGAGGACAUGGAAGAAAAUAAGUAUACUUUAGUAGUUCCAUCACCUUUUUUUUUUUGGGUAAAUUAUGAAAUAUGUCUUUGUAAUAAUUGGCUAAGUAUAUGUAACUUUCAAAUAAUCAAUUGAAAUGUAUGUUUUAAUCCUUUUAUAUAUAUGUAAAAUUUAUAUA